AUGGGCUUCACACGUUGGACCCAUGAAGAUAACCCGACCUUGGUCUUGGGUGUGAUGAGCAAAGGUGCCAAUCACUUGGCUACACUGCCAAUACAAAGAGCUGAUGCUAUACUGCCAAUACAAAGAGCUGAUGCUACACUGCCAACACAAAGAGCUGAUGCUAUACUGCCAAUUCAAAGAGCUGAUGCUAUACUGCCAAUACAAAGAGCUGAUGCUAUACUGCCAACACAAAGAGCUGAUGCUACACUGCCAAUACAAAGAUCUGAUGCUAUACUGCCAACACAAAGAGCUGAUGCUAUACUGCCAACACAAAGAGCUGAUGCUAUACUGCCAACACAAAGAUCUGAUGCUAUACUGCCAAUACAAAGAGCUGAUGCUAUACUGCCAACACAAAGAGCUGAUGCUACACUGCCAAUACAAAGAUCUGAUGCUAUACUGCCAACACAAAGAGCUGAUGCUACACUGCCAAUACAAAGAUCUGAUGCUAAACUGCCAAUACAAAGAUCUGAUGCUAAACUGCCAACACAAAGAGCUGAUGCUAUACUGCCAACACAAAGAGCUGAUGCUACACUGCCAAUACAAAGAUCUGAUGCUAUACUGCCAACACAAAGAUAUGAUGCUACACUGCCAAUACAAAGAUCUGAUGCUAUACUGCCAACACAAAGAGCUGAUGCUACACUGCCAAUACAAAGAUCUGAUGCUAAACUGCCAAUACAAAGAUCUGAUGCUACACUGCCAAUACAAAGAGCUGAUGCUACACUGCCAACACAAAGAUCUGAUGCUACACUGCCAAUACAAAGAGCUGAUGCUACACUGCCAAUACAAAGAUCUGAUGCUACACUGCCAAUACAAAGAGCUGAUGCUACACUGCCAACACAAAGAUCUGAUGCUACACUGCCAACACAAAGAGCUGAUGCUACACUGCCAACACAAAGAGCUGAUGCUACACUGCCAACACAAAGAUCUGAUGCUACACUGCCAACACAAAGAGCUGAUGCUUAUUCUGCAUAA